AUAACAUAGGGUAUCACGAUCCCUUAAAAGCGGCACAGCAAGCCAAUGAGUGGAGCGCAGAUUUUAAACGCAAAAAACCAACUUCACUUCCCAUUUGCUAGUCUUCCACGAUGACUCCCCUCCACUUCUUCCUCCUCCUCCUCCUUUCGUCAGCUGCUUUAAUCUCCGCGGCCGCCGCCACCGCCACCACCGCAUAUCCUUCCAUCCCGGGCACCGAUUCCACAACUGAUUGUGGCCUAUCCGGAGGGGACGAGAAUCCAGUUCCCAUCCGUCGCGAAGUCUACGGUAACGGCAAGAUAUUCGACAUCAGCCAUAGGUACACCGUCGACAUGCCGUCUUGGGAAUCCAAGGACGGCGUAGGACAGUUCCUAUGGUUGCCUAAAAGCAUGAAGAACGGUUCCCUCGCUAAUAAUUCGGAGAUGAAACUCCCAACUCACACCGGCACCCACCUUGACGCUCCCGGACACGUCAUCGAUCGGUACUUCGAUGCCGGCUUCGAUGUCGAUACCCUAGAUUUGGAAGUACUUAAUGGUCCUGCCCUGUUGAUAGAUGUUCCAAGGGAUAGAAACAUUACUGCCGAGGUUAUGGAGUCUUUGAAAAUACCAAAGGGAGUACGUAGAGUUCUUUUCAGAACAUUAAAUACUGACAGGCGGCUAAUGUUCAAGAAAGAGUUUGAUACAAGCUACGUUGGAUUUAUGAAGGAUGGAGCAGAGUGGUUGGUUAAACACACUGACAUCAAACUUAUUGGAAUUGAUUACUUAUCUGUUGCUGCCUUUGAUGAUUUGAUUCCAUCUCAUAUAGUUUUCCUAGAAGACCGGGAUAUCAUUCUUGUGGAAGGUUUAAAACUCGAUAACGUUCAACCUGGAAUAUAUUCAGUCCAUUGCUUACCAUUAAGAUUGCUUGGUGCUGAAGGAUCACCAACCAGAUGCAUUCUCAUCAAAUGAUGUUGUUGUCCUUGGUAAGUCCUGCAUUCUUGCUCAAGGCGUGGCAUUGUUGCUAUUGUCAGCUAAAACAAACUAUUUGUAUUUUUCAUUAUUUUCUCUAUUAGUUACCAUAAAAGACUUGAGAUAAGUGGGUACGUUUUCAAGGCAAUGAUGAUGCUAAUGGCACACCGUCAUCUUACACCGUCAUCUUAUUAGGCAUGUUGUUUGGAAAGAGGAAAUGGGCGGGUGACAUUACGAGUGGUGUUUGAUUGGAACAAGGCAAAUAACGGGUUUAUGAGUUAGAACUUGACGCUGUUAGGAAUCCUAGAAGGGAGCUUCAGUAUAGAAAUUUGGUUGCAGUGAACUACACUUUUCGUAUAAUAUAUCAUUAUGAUAUUUCUUUUAA